CUGUGUGUGUUUUGCAGAUCUGGGCCAACUAUGAGGAGAAACCAGUGGAGGAGGUCGUGCACCUUUCAGAGGAGAAGGAGCGCGUGGCCAACUACAGACCAGUAUACGUCACCGAAAUCACCGACACCUUGCACUUCUACAGCCAGGACGUAGAGACAGGGGGCCAGCUGGAGAGUCUGAUGGAGACCAUGAGAGCAGAGAUCGCCGCCCAGCCGCCCGUGGAAGGAUCCUACUCCGCACGGCGCGGGGACUACUGCAUAGCCAAGUUUGCUGAUGGUGAAUGGUACAGAGCCAGAGUGGAGAAAGUUGAGUCACCGGCAAAGGUUCAUGUCUUCUACAUCGACUAUGGCAACAGAGAAGUUGUGUCGUCCACCCGUCUGGCUGUAAUACCUCCUGCCUUCGGCACCAGGACCCUGCCAGCACAGGCCACCGAGUAUACCUUCGCCUUCAUCCAGGUCCCACAGGACGAGGACGCCCGUGCCGACGUGGUGGACUGCGUGGUGCGGGACAUCCAGAACAGCCAGUGCCUGUUGAACGUGGAGUAUUCGGGCGCCACCUGCCCACACGUCACAAUACAGUUCGGGGACACCAAGGACGACGUGGGACUCGGCUUGGUCAAAGAGGGCCUGGUCAUGGUGGACGUCCGCAAGGAGAAGCAUCUGCAGAAGAUAGUGACAGAGUACCUGAACAGUCAAGAAUCUGCCAAGAGUGCCAGGCUCAACAUUUGGCGCUACGGAGACUUCCGUGCCGACGACGCCGACGAGUUUGGUUACAGCCGUUAAAAAGAAGAAAAAAAAAGAAAAAGGAGAAAAAAACGAAACCGACCAUCCAAUAAAACACCAUUCCAAAGACCAACAUGGACAGCAAGUGAUGCAUCGGACAGAAGAUAAAACUAAACGACAAGCAUUGACUCACUUUUUAUUUGACAUUUCAUCCCUCCAGUCUGACUUUCCUUCUGCUCACAUUUUCUUUUUUUUUAAUUUCCUCCAGCUAGCCCCUGUAGCUCCAAAUAGAGCAUGCUAGCAACACUAAAAUAAUGAAAAAAAUAAUCACGUAAGAAUCACUUUCCAGUCAUCCUUUGUUUUCCUAAUCGGCCACUGCCAGCUCAAGCAGCCUGCACUAUUGCCAAUCUGUGUUAUUUGCCAUGUUACCUUCUCGGCAGACUUCCUGUGUGAAUGAUAAUAAUUGAUGAUACUUAUGUGUUUCAGCCAAUCACAUUCUUUGCUCUCUGACGCUCUAGCCCAACCCCCCUUGCUUUCCUCUUUAUGGGAAGGGACUGGGUUUUCGGGGGAGAAUACUCAAUUUUUUGCAAACAAAUGCUUCCCUAAUGAAUUUCUUGUAAAUGUGAGGAUAUGUUGAAAGGUGUAAAUCGAUUUAUUUUAGAACAGAACUGUAGGUGGAGACACACAGACAAAAAAAAAAAUGGAAAAAAAAAAAUAUGAAAAAAGGAUGAGUUUAUUUUUGUCUUCGAUGUAUAUCUGUGUGAUGAUGACAUUUGCAGAUGUUUUUUGUGGGGAGUGUUUUGUCGUUUAUUCACUAUGUCACACUUUUAUGACCAGUAACUAUGGAUGCCUUCCUGUGGCAUUUUAUCAUCUCUUCUUCUGUAAAGUUUACAUUCUAUUAAUGGUAAUGAUCCUGUCUCUGGCAGUCUCUUCUCUUUCUGUCUCUGUAUUCCAUAGCAGAUACAGUGUUUGAAUUUGUUUCCACGUAAUGAACCUUUGCAUUCUAUUAAAAAUCUGCUGAAUAAAAAUAAGCAAACGAGAA